ACCUAAUCAAUCUAUAAAUAUACCCCCUUUCAUCUCCUCAGGCGAAUAAACAAAAAAAAAAUCGUUAAAUUAAACAUGCCGACUGAUAUAGAAGAUGAGAUCAAGGACGAAAAGAACCCUAGGCCACUUGAUGAAGACGAUAUUGCUCUGCUUAAAACUUAUGGAUUGGGACCUUAUUCGACCAGCAUCAAGAAAGCUGAGAAGGAUUUAAAGGAUAUGGCCAAAAGGAUCAAUGAUAUAUGUGGUAUCAAGGAGUCAGACACAGGUUUAGCUGCACCUAGCCAGUGGGAUCUUGUGUCUGAUAAACAAAUGAUGCAGGAGGAGCAACCUCUUCAGGUGGCUAGGUGCACAAAGAUAAUCAAUCCAAACACAGAUGACGCAAAGUAUGUUAUAAAUGUCAAGCAAAUUGCAAAGUUUGUUGUUGCAUUGGGUGACAAAGUUUCACCUACUGAUAUUGAAGAAGGCAUGCGUGUUGGUGUUGAUCGGAACAAAUACCAGAUUCAGAUCCCGCUGCCUCCUAAGAUCGAUCCCAGUGUAACAAUGAUGACAGUGGAGGAAAAACCUGACGUGACAUAUAAUGAUGUUGGUGGAUGUAAGGAACAGAUCGAAAAAAUGAGAGAGGUUGUUGAGUUGCCAAUGCUGCACCCUGAGAAAUUUGUCCAGCUUGGAAUCGACCCUCCCAAAGGUGUUCUCUGCUAUGGCCCACCUGGAACCGGCAAAACACUUUUAGCCAGAGCUGUUGCUAAUAGGACUGAUGCAUGUUUUAUCCGUGUCAUUGGAAGUGAAUUGGUUCAGAAGUAUGUGGGUGAAGGAGCUCGCAUGGUUCGAGAACUAUUUCAGAUGGCACGUUCGAAAAAGGCUUGCAUCGUCUUCUUUGACGAAGUUGAUGCAAUUGGUGGUGCGCGUUUUGAUGAUGGUGCUGGUGGAGAUAAUGAAGUUCAACGAACCAUGCUUGAAAUUGUGAACCAACUCGACGGAUUUGAUGCCCGUGGUAACAUCAAGGUUCUUAUGGCCACAAAUAGACCAGAUACGCUGGACCCAGCAUUGUUACGGCCUGGAAGGUUGGAUCGUAAAGUCGAGUUUGGAUUACCAGAUAUGGAAAGUAGAACACAGAUUUUCAAGAUUCAUACACGAACAAUGAACUGUGAAAGGGAUAUCCGCUUUGAGCUUUUGGCUCGCCUUUGCCCGAAUUCUACUGGUGCGGACAUAAGAAGUGUGUGCACAGAGGCUGGAAUGUAUGCUAUUAGAGCACGAAGGAAGACGGUGACAGAGAAAGAUUUCCUUGAUGCAGUGAACAAGGUGAUCAAGGGAUACCAGAAGUUCAGUGCAACUCCUAAAUACAUGGUUUAUAAUUAAUCAUGGCCUCUGUAGCUGUUUAAACUUAUUUUGAGCUUUAUGUUAGCUGAAAGCAUGUUAUUGUCUCUUAUUUGUAUUAACUUUUAUUGACAAUGCAUAACGUUUCUUCUUUUUA